AUGGACAUAAUAAAGUUGAGUUACAGAAACUUACCUGAUUAUCUGAAACCAUCCUUUCUUUACUUCGGUGCAUUUCCAGUAGGCCAGGAGAUUCCUUUUGGGAAGCUGAUGAGAUUAUGGAUCGCCGAAGGAUUUGUUCAACUAAGUGAUGGAAAGAGCUUAGAAGAUGUGGCCGGGGACUACAUCAAUGAUCUGAUUGGCAGAAGCUUGGUUAUGAUCUCCAAAGAAAGAUCCUUAGGAGGCAUUAAAGCCUGUUGUGUUCAUGAUCUGUUGCAUGAGUUUUGUGUGGUAACAGCGAAAAAGGAGAAAUUUUUGUCUUUGGUAAGUGGGUAUGAUGAGCUUCUCACCUUCAAUGGGCAGUGUAAUCAGCAAUGGUUGUGCGUGUAUUCUCUCCAAGAACAUUUUGAGAGGUCAAGGAUAUUUUGUCCCAGUGUACGUUCUAUACUAUUCUUUCCUCUUGAUAAUGCGUAUGGACCGAAGCAUUGUCGUCUCUUAUUCAAUCUGUGCAUCUUCAAACUUCUUAAUGUGUUGAAUUUGGAGCAAAUCCGUCUAGGAUUUUGCUUUCCAAGUGAAACGCUAUUGCUUGUUGAGUUGAGGUACUUGGCAGCUCAGGGUGAAUUCGAUUCGAUCCCAUCAUCAAUAUCCAACCUCUCAAAUUUAGAAACUCUUCUUGUCAAAAGUCAUAGUACAGCUGUAUUGCCAGAUACUAUCUGGAAUAUGCAGAAAUUAAGACAUCUGCAUGGUGGUUUUAGCUUGCUUGGGUCUAGUUUGGCCACAGAAAACCUUGAAAUGUCCUCUGUCUUACACAAUUUAGAGACCUUUUCUGUGCUUAGCCUUUCUUCUGGGCAAAGCAUUGAAAAGAUACUGAGGAAGUUGCCAAACAUCCGCAGACUAAAAUGCACACUCUUUGAAUCAGGGAAAUCUACUGGGGAUUGCAACAGGACCGUGGCAGUGCAGUUUUUGAGUCGACUACAAUCACUCCACCUGUCCUCAUCAUUUGGAAGAGUAAAGUAUCAUAGCGAGCUUCAUUUUCCCUCGAACCUAAGGAAGCUGUCUCUGUCAUACUUGCAUUCGAGUAUAAUUCCAGAACUGAGAGAUCUACCCAAUCUUGAGGUACUCAAACUACUUUCCAUCCACUGUGAGGAGAAUACUUGGGACAUGGAAGAAGAAUGGGAACUCCCAAAACUCAGAUUCUUGAAGUUAGGCUCCUUGGACAUUGUGAGAUGGACCAGCACGAGCGAUCAUUUCCCCUGUCUUGAGAAAUUAGUGCUGCAGGAAUGUCGCAAACUAGAAGAGAUCCCUUCUUGCUUAGAGGUUAUUGAACAUCUAGGAAUGAUUGAGGUGCGUGACUGCCCAGUCUUGGAUAGAAGUUUACUUUUGAAGAUUGAGGAGGAACAGAACAGCUCAGGAAAUUAUGAUUUCAAGAUCUUUAUCUUCCAGUGA